AUGAAAAUCACCAUUGCUCUAUUGUUGACUGCUCUGGCAGAGGCCAUCGCGGUCAAUCCCCAAUCAGCCGGCGUCUCUCUAACAACCAUCACCGCCACAUCUGUCGACACCGUCACUUCCACCACGACCACAAUCAUCCCUGUUGUCACCACCGUCUCCACCUGCGAGGUCGGCUCUACGCAGCCCGCGACAGUGUCAUGUGUCGAUACGAUCUGGGCAUACGGCUCCUCCUAUAUCUCCCAGUCCUCGUGUGUGGAUUACUGUAUCUCGUCGACGCCCUGUCUGGGGUUGGUGUAUUUGUCCUUCGCCUCCUCGGAGUGCUUCCUCUAUACCGGCACUUUAUCGUUCUCAUCCGUCGCGUUCUCGUAUGCUCAGGCUAUGAAGAUUUAUACGACUAAUCCCUGCACAACUGUCGAGACCUCGUCUGCCACGGAGACUCUUGUCGAUACUGUCGCUGUCACAUAUACCACUGUCUAUGUCGAGACCAUCAUGCCGACUACUCCUUCGAGUACUCCUAGUACACCAGUGGCCUCGUCGUCAGCAUCAGUCUCUCCGAGCUCAGCAUCGAGCUCUGCUUCAUCAACACCGGUUUCCAGCUCUGCGUCUAGCUCUGCGUCUAGCUCAGCAUCUAGCUCAGCCUCAGCUUCCAGCAUCGCCAACCACACCCUGACAGACUCGGUGGUUAUCUAUACCAUGACUUCCACCGUUUUGACCACCGACGUAUCCACAGUCUACGGCUGCCUGGCGGAGUAA